AGGUCUUCGCUUUGACAGGCUUUGAUCCGUAAGUCCCAUUACACCUGAAUUUUGCCGUUUGUUACCGGAGGCUCCCGGGAAGCACUGAGGAGGUGACCGCUUUCAUCUGCAGGUCUGACAGAGGCCAUGUCCCGCCUGGCGCUGUCGCUGUGCGUCAUCGUCGCUCUCUGGUCGGCAUCCGUCAUCAGCCUGUCAGUUUUCUCGGAUGCUCCUCGAGCUCACAUGCUGCUCCGAUCCCGUCGGGCGAACAGUUUCCUGGAGGAGCUGAAGCCUCCCUCCAAGGAGAGGGAGUGCGUGGAGGAACGAUGUGACUUCGAAGAGGCCAGAGAGAUCUUUCAAACCAGGGAGGCAACGCUGGAGUUCUGGACGGUGUACACAGAUGGGAACCAGUGUCAGUCCAACAUGUGUGUUCAUGGACAAUGUGUGGACCAGUACCAGGACUACCUCUGCCGCUGUAACCCCGGGUACGAGGGAAAGUACUGCGACCAGAAUCAAACAGCCAUGGACUGCUCCACGCACAACGGCGACUGCGACCACGAGUGCACGGAGAGGGAGGACGGCCAGACCAGGGUCUGUAGCUGCGUGGAAGGGUACACGCUGGACCAGAACCACAAGAACUGCACAGCCAAAGGUACUUCAACGUGUGGCCAGCUGCUGAUCAACAGGUCGGACUACAGCGGGCCGGUGGACGGCCUCCUGCCCUGGUUGCUAGGAGGGGAGGUGGGCAAGAAAGGGGAGAGCCCCUGGCAGGUGCUGGUGCUGAACGCCAGAGGGGAGUUUCACUGUGGCGGCGUGCUGAUAGACGAGAACUGGGUCCUGACGGCUGCUCACUGCCUCGACAAGAGCCUGAGAUUCAGCGUGCGACUGGGCGACUACGAGCGUCUCAGGGCCGAGGGCACCGAGGUGCUGCUGAAGGUUGCCAGGGCCUUCAAACACCCCCACUACAACAGCAGGACGGUGGACAACGACAUCGCCCUGCUGCGCCUGCAGACCCCGGCCCCCUUCUCCAAGUACAUCGUGCCCAUCUGCCUGCCGAGCCGCGCCAUGGCGGAGCGGGUGCUGCACCUGAACGGCACCACCACCGUGGUGACCGGCUGGGGCCGGGAUGACAGCGGUAAGUACAGCUCGGCGCUCAACGUCAUCAAGGUCCCGCUGGUCAACCACAGCGUCUGCAGCGACCUGAUGUACCCGCACGUGCUCUCCGACAACGUCCUCUGCGCCGGCAUCCUGGGCAAGAGCACGGACGCCUGCGAGGGCGACAGCGGCGGGCCCAUGGUCACGCUGUACCACCAGACCUGGUUCCUGGUGGGCCUGGUGUCGUGGGGCGAUGGCUGCGGCCUCAAGGACAAGCUGGGCAUCUACACCAAGGUGUCCAACUACAACGACUGGAUCGCCCAGGUGCAGGCAGACUGGGAGAGGGGCCACCACCUCCAAUGACACCCGAACGCCUCGCAGGAGGUCCGACAAGCUUCGUUAGACCCACAGAAACAACCUCGGAACUAGAGAUGUCUCACUCUCCUCAAUAAACCCAUUUACUCUCUC